GAGGUUGGGACGUCUCUACUGGGCUGAUCAAGGAGGAGCAAGCAGUGAUGUCUGCCUUGGGGGCUGCAGCUCUGUACCUGCAUCAUCCAGCUGACAGUCAUAGUGGCCGAGUCAAUUUCCUGGGGGCUCAGCUUCCUCCACAGCUGGCAGCAAUGCCCCGGCUCCUAGAGGACCUGGACAGGAGCAUGUUCAGGAAGUUGCUGAAGCUUGUGGUCAGCAGCCUUCAAGGGGAGGAUUGCCAAGAGGCCGUACAACGCCUUGGUUCCAGUGCCAACCUAUCAGAGGAGCGGCUGGGUGCCCUGCUUGCAGGAACACACACAUUGCUCCAGCAGGCUCUCCGGCUGCCCCCCACCAGCCUGAAGCUCGAUGCCUUCGAGGACCAGCUCCAGGAGCUUGGCAUCCCCCAAGACCUAGUUGGAGACUUGGCCAGUGUGGUGUUUGGGAGCCAGCGCCCCCUCCUGGAUUCUAUGGCCCAGCAGCAGGGGGCCUGGCUGCCUCACCUUGCUGACUUUCGGUGGAGGGUAGAUGUGGCAAUCUCCACAAGUACCCUGGCCCGAUCCCUGCAGCCAAGUGUCCUGAUGCAGCUCAAGCUUUCAGAUGGGUCAGCACACCGCUUUGAGGUCCCCAUGGCCAAGUUCCAGGAGCUGCGGUACAGUGUGGCUCUGGUCCUGAAGGAGAUGGCAGAUCUAGAGAAGAAAUGUGAGCGAAAACUGCAGGACUGAACCCUCACAGCCAGUGCUGCAACCUGGUUGCAGCCCCCCCUUUCUAUGAAGCAGGCUCUUGAGUGAGUGAAUGAAAGGAUGGAACUUUCUGUUUAAAUGAAGACAGCUGUGCCUUUUUUCUACAAGUACAAGGAACUAUUAAAAAUAUGUUUCUCUAUGUGGAUGUUAAACUGCACACCUGUCCCUUCCAUGACUAUUGGUUUUUGCUGUUGGGUAUGGCUCUGUGUGGCCAGGUGGAGGUCUAGGGUCCAGGUUGUGGCUCUCGGCAGGUACCAUGAAGUUGCAUAGCCUGGCCAUCUAAAGCAUCUGAACCCUCUCUGCUCAUUGCUUUUGUAAAUCCUGUGGUUUUUUUGUUUGUUUGUUUUUUGGUACCAGGGAUUGAACUCAGGUCCUUGCGCUUGUGCAACAGGCGGUGAAACCACUGAGCUAAAUCCCUGGCCCCUGUAAAUCCUGUAUUUUGGUGUAGCAUUUGGGGUUUUUUUCACAAAAAUUCAAGGUUUGUCAUUUUACAGGUCCAUUUCUAAUUUAGUUUCAUUAAAAUAAUAACCACA